AUGCGUAUCAGUGACAGAGGGAGAAACAUAGUCACGUUGCUUCUACUGCUGCUGCUGCUGCUGCUAUCUCCUGGAGAGAGCUGCGGACCCGGAAGAGGCUCGGGGAGGAGAAGAAAGUCCAGAAAACUGACACCUCUGGUCUUCAAACAGCACGUGCCUAACGUUAGUGAGAACACCCUAGGCGCCAGUGGCCUAACGGACGGGCGAAUCAAACGGGGAGACGCCAAGUUCAAAGAUUUAGUUCGAAACAACAACCCGGACAUCUUGUUUAAGGAUGAAGAAGGCACUGGAGCAGAUAGAAUUAUGUCGCAG